AUGUACUAUGUGAAUGCUAGAUCUGUUUUGCACACUUUUGUAAGUGGUGGAGCAUUCCCAUCGGAAAAUACCUCAUAUACACAAGAAUUUCUAACACUAUCGAAAUUAAAAAUGAAGGGCGUGCUGGUGGCUUUUAUUUUGCAAGAUAUUAAUCACAACAACCCAGGGCAUAUAAGCGAGAAGUGUGUGCCUAAAGAAAUUAAGGAGUGUAAAAUUUCUUGCUCAGCGCAAAGACUCAAGCAUAAAUAUGGCCUAGAAUUAAAAAAAUUUGGUUUUAUUCUGCUGAAUACACACCAUUGGAGAAUAAAUCACGCCAAUUCGCCGACUAUUAUUAAAGUGUCAAUGCCAAGCGCUUCUGUGCACGUUCAUCCCAACUUCAUGGGGGGAGAAUAUUUGACAGUAAAUUGUAGAUUACGCGAGCACUUAUGUAGUCGCCUUUGCAAUUGGAAAAAUAAGUCAUUAAACCAGCUUUAUUUGCUUCAAAAGCACACCUCUUUGCAUAAAACGAAUCAAUAUUAUAAAUUUUGCUUAACAAUCCCCUUGAGACAGGAUGAGGAAUAUCUUUCCGGUAUUUUCACACCACAGAAAUUGAGUAAAUCCAUAAUGCAACCGCAGUCAGAAACACACAGAGCUGCACAAAAGAGGCGAAGGCUCAUUCUGGUAAAAGCUAAUGUGAUGCAGUGUGGAAUAUACAAAGUGCGCUAUUAUAUAAAAACAAGGGUAAAAUAUCAAACAGUAUCAUUAACUUGCAAAUUUCAUUAUAGUAAAUUUCACAGAUCAGGCGACUUCUUAUGGCUUGAUCAUUAUGCUAUUGCUAUCUUUGACUCUAUUCGACAACAUUAA